UCUCUGUGUGUGUGUGUCAGUGUUCAGGAGGAGCGGCGUUCGUCUCUCACCGUCGUCAUGGCCUCGAUAUCGGAGUGGUACGCAGGGAAGAACGUGCUGAUCACCGGAGCCACGGGCUUCAUGGGGAAGGUGCUGGUGGAGAAGCUGCUGCGCUCCUGUCCCGACGUCAACGCCCUCUACAUCCUCGUCCGGCCCAAAGCCGGUCAGUCCAUGUCCGAGCGCGUGCAGGACAUGAUGAAGUGUAAGCUGUUUGACCGCGUGCGUGAAGAUAAUCCUGACUUUCAUCAGAAGAUCAUCCCCAUCAGCAGCGAGCUCAUGCAGCCCGGCCUGGCCAUCAGUCCAGAGGAUGUACAAACACUCACUUCCUGUAUUAACAUCGUCUUCCACUGCGCCGCCACCAUCCGCUUCGACGAGCCCCUGAAGCAUGCUCUGCAGCUGAACGUCAUCGCCACGCAGCAGCUCCUCUCUCUGGCGCAGCAGAUGCAGCAACUGCAGGCCUUCAUCCACAUCUCCACCGCCUACGCCAACUGCAACCGCAGACACAUCGACGAGGUCAUCUACCCUCCUCCGGUCGAGCCCAAGAAGCUCAUUGACUCUCUGGAGUGGAUGGAUGAGAGUAUUGUCCGUGACAUCACGCCGCGUCUGAUCGGUGACCGGCCGAACACUUACACCUACACCAAAGCGCUCGCCGAGUGUGUGGUGCAGCAGGAGAGCGGCAAGCUCAACAUCGGCAUCAUUCGGCCGUCCAUCGUAGGAGCCAGCUGGCAGGAGCCCUUCCCCGGUUGGAUAGACAACUUUAAUGGACCGAGUGGUGUUUUCAUUGCUGCUGGGAAGGGCAUCCUGCGCACCAUGAGAGCGAGUAAUGACGCGGUGGCCGAUCUGAUUCCCGUAGAUGUCGUGAUCAACCUGACGCUGGCUGCCGGCUGGUACACCGCGGUGCACAGACCAAAAACUGCGCUCGUGUACAACUGCACAACCGGAGGCAUUAACCCUUUCCACUGGGGAGAGAUCGAGCAUCACGUGAUGUCAACGUUUAAGAGGAAUCCUCUGGAACAGGCUUUCCGUCGGCCGAACGCCAACAUCACCUCCAAUUACCUGAUCAACCAGUACUGGAUCCUCGUCAGUCACAAGUUCCCUGCGCUCAUCUACGACCUGUUCCUCCGACUGUCAGGACAGAAACCACAAAUGAUGCGUAUUUUCAACCGUCUGCACAAAGCCAUCGGUCUGCUGGAGUACUUCAGCAGUCAGGACUGGGAGUGGAACUCAGACAACAUGAACAUGCUGAUGAGUCAGCUGAGCGCCGACGACAGGAAGACCUUCAACUUUGACGUCCGGCAGCUGAACUGGCCCGAGUACAUCGAGAAUUACUGCAUCGGCACCAAGAAGUACGUUCUGAACGAAGACAUGUCCGACAUUCCCGCCGCCAGACAGCACCUGAGGAAGCUGAGAAACAUCCGAUACACAUUCAACACGGUGCUGCUGGUGUUCAUCUGGCGCGUCUUCAUCGCUCGCUCUCAGAUGGCCAGGAACAUCUGGUACUUUGUCGUGAGCUUGUGCUUCAAGUUCCUGUCCUACUUCAGGGCUUCCAGCACUCUGACCCAAUGACCGGUGUGACAGGAAGUGUGUGUCUCCGUCCUCCGAGCACUUCCUCUUCCAGAGGUGUCUUCAGCCACACACACACACACACACACACACAUACAGACAGAUGAUUCUUUAGCUUUCCUCAACGGCCGCUCGUUCCGCCUGACUCCUCCAUGUGCUGUUUUUAAAGAUGUCCUCUUUUAUAACGACUGUCCUUAAUACCGAUUAUAUAUGCAACCACAUUUUACAGUGUUUCUCCUUAACAUUCUCAUCGCCAUCCAACAUCUGGAGACGUUGCCUUUGUGUCUUCUGAUGAUUUUAGCCUUCUCGACUACAGACAGUGUUUCGGAGCAAUGGAUCUACCGCUCAAAGCUUUGCUGUUUUCAGCAUUUCUCUCUGUGAGUGUGUUUGUCUUCUGGCGGUUUGUUUAUGUCCUGUUUCUUCUAAUAACGUAAUCCAGCCGGAAAAAUAUCGUACCGUGUGGUACUAAAGCCUACAAGAACAUAGUCUCGCGUUUUCACUGCAUUUUAUUUGGUGUUUUGUCUUAUAUCUUGUUUUUUCGUUUGCUGCGUAUGGAGGGAAAGGCCAUUGAACUGCAACAGAUCUGAUGCAUUUCUAACCUCACGCCUUUUUUUCACAAAAAAAAUGCUUGCUCAACUACACAUCUACCAGUUUACACACAAACACCAUAGAUCAAAAGAAAAAAAAGUCUGUUAAUGGAAAAAAAAUAGCCUAUUUUUAAGUCUAAAAUAAUUCCUUAAUGUGUUUAGUUUAAGUUUGUUGUGAAAAUUAAAGAUAAUUACCCCCUUCCAAAUUUAAUGCAUUUUAAUGCAUGUAGAAUUAUUCUAAAGAGCAAUUCUCAUUACUGUAAUACAGUAUUUUACAGUGUUACUGUAAAAAUAAAUACUGUAAUAUUAUUACAUUAAAUAUUAUUUGUAUCGAAGAAUUAUAAAAUAUAUAUUCAAUAAUACAAUAUUAAAUAUAAUAAUUUUUAUGACAUUUUUUAGUAUUGAUUAAUAAAUAAAAAUAUAAAAAAUAAGACUUUUUACUCUUAUUUUGAUUUAUGGCAUACAGGGCAUCUUUGUGUUAAUUUUUCUGUUUGUAUGACAGAACAUGUUGAGUUUAGCGUCAGACUCUGUUAGAUGAGGAUAUUUUUGUCUGUAGACAGACAUAAGAUGGUUUCAUCGGUCUGUAAAUAUUCUAGAUAUAUAAAUAUAUUCCUUUUCAGAUGAUAUACAUACCAAAAAUGUACAAAUGUAUAUUUGCGAGGGUGAAUCAAACGGCUGGUUAAGAACAUCUUGUUUCCGGAAAUGACUGAGGGCUUCCCAUAUUUUUUGAAGAAAAUCGAAAAAAAAAGUGAAGAAAAAAAGCAUCUAGUCUCCAUUUCAAUGUUGUUUUAUUAUGUGUAUUAACCACUGUUUAAAGUGCUCUGAAUCUAGAGACGUAAAGGGACUUUUAAAUUCAAGAGGGAAACGUCCUUAAGAGCUUUUAGUCCUGGACUUGGGUAGUUUCUAUGCAGCACAACCUGUGCUUCUUUCUUCUAGAUACAUUACUUUUCUAGUUUAGCGUUUGCUUUUUCACCUUUCUGAAGCACUUGUAUUUACAUUUGCUUGUCAGAUGAACCAAAACGAGUGUAUUUCUAACAUUUUAUGAAUCUCCUACGGUCGAAUAGAAACUUGACGGCUAAUAUUUCGUACGGUUUUACAGCAUCGCGAUCAAUCGACACUAUCUGAGGAUCUCAUGAGCAUUCAUUUUUCUACACUGCCCCCUGGUGGUCUAUUGCCAAACUGUAUUUUUAGAUCACCGUUUCUAAGACAUUUCUGCCUUCCGUCGUCCGUCUUUUGUAUGUCGCACACAGUAUUCAUGUUCCUGAGUAUCCACACGUCUUCCUCAGCUCGUUUAGCAGUAGUGGAGUGAUUACUUUAGAUGAUUUGAGAUGUUUCUUCUCUUGCACGUUACGAGUCUCUGUAGAGAUAGCACACGCACACUAAAAUCUUCUCUUAGAGCAUUCCAGACAUGAAAAACACAGCCAUUUUUCUACUAGAAUCGAACACCUUGAUGUCUUAACAACGGCAACCCUUCGUUUCGAGCCAAGCUGAGCUUUCAACUGAAGCUUCUACUGCCAACGUGAUCUUUACAAUCUCAAUCGUUUGAGCUCUGCCACUGAUGUUUGUACAGAUGAGGUGUUAGAGCUGUAUUGGGUUUGCAGUAAAAAAAAAAAAAGAAAAAGUUUUUUAACUGAAAAGUCCCCUACUGAAAAUGUUUCUUUUUUCCCCCCUGUGUAACACGUGCAUGUUUGCUUUUUACAUACGGGGUUUUCACAGCAGUGAAGUAGUGGCUGACAUGGACGAUACCUUCCUCUUCCUCACAUUUGUCUCCAUGUUGUGCUGUCAGACGUUGUUCGGUCAAGGUCCUUGAAUGGAAAACUGUACUUUGAUAAAGUUGUGUGCUUGACCGUUUGUUGCAAAAGAGUUCAUGAGAAAAUAAACUAAAAUGACUUCCAA